UGGGUGUCUCUCUCUGUCUCUCAGAGGUGUUCAAAAUGGCCUUGUCAGGGACACGGCAACCUGGUUCAAGUCCCAGCCCGGGGUCUAGGUAUCUCUCUUAGGGUGGUUUAUAAUGGCCUUUCCCAUGUCACUGAUGACCUGGAUUCAAGUCCAAUCCCUGGGUAUCUCUCUCAGGGGGGUUCAUAAUGGUCUUUCUCAUGUCACUGAAUACCUAGGUUCAAGUCCAAGCCCUGGGUAUGGGUGCCUCUCUCAGUGAGUUCAUAAUGGUCUUUCCCAUGUCACUGAAUACCUAGGUUCAAGUCAAAGCCCUGGGUAUGGGUGUCUCUCUCAGUGAGUUUAUAAUGGCCUUUCCCAUGUCACUGAACACCUGGGUUCAAGUCCAAGCCCUGGGUAUGGGUGUCUCUCUCAGUGAGUUCAUAAUGGCCUUUCCCAUGUCACUGAAUACCUGGGUUCAAGUCCCAGCCCUGGGCAUGGGUGUCUCUCUCAGGGGGGGUUCCGAAUGGCCUUAUCAGGGACACGGAUUACCUGGGUUCAAGGCCAAGCCCGGGGUAUGGGUGUCUCUCUAAAUCGGCUCAGAAUGGCUAAGUUUGCCUCCACAUUCAGAAAAUUGCAUUUAGAUUAUUGAGAUUAUUGAGAUGACUUUUGCUGCUGUGGCUUUCCGCAUGGUAUAUGACUUUGUUGAGCUGUCAUUUCUGACAGCCAGGUCGCUUCUGAAGUUAAUGGCUAAGUGGGCCUUACCUGCCAAGAUACAAAAAACACAGUUUAGUUUUAUGCGUGUAUACAUUUGAAAGUUAUUUACCUUUUCUAUACAUUGCACUCCUAUCGUGUUUUUGUAAUGUUUGUUCUACCAUUAUGGCCUGCCCCCUUACUGGACAUCUGUAGAGAAAAAAUAGCUGGAUAGCUUAUCGGAUUCCUCCAGUUCCUAAUAGAUUCAGAUAUCAGAGGCACCGAUGACGUCACGCCGAUGUCGCCACGCUGGUUGCGUCAUGUACACGGUGGAGAUGUUGAUGACGUAUUCGCCGCGCGGAUGGCGUCACGUCGCCAUGGCUUCCUUCGCGCCGGGAGAUCCCAUCACCACAGUGGUGGAGCGGAUUGAGAUCCACAAACUGCGCCAGGGAGAGAACCUCAUCCUGGGCUUCAGCAUCGGGGGCGGCAUUGACCAGGACUCAGCGCAGAACCCAUACUCACUUGACAAGAAGGACAAGGGUGUGUACGUGACCAGGGUGAGUCAGGGAGGGCCAGCUCAAGCGGCGGGCCUCCGUGAGGGAGACAAGAUCAUGCAGGUGAACGGCUGGGACAUGACGAUGGUGACGCACGACCAGGCGCGCCGCAAGCUCACCAAGCAGGGCGAGGAGGUGGUGCGGCUGCUGGUGACGCGGCGCUCGCUGCAGACCGUCGUGCACCACGCACAGCACAUGCUGUGAGGGCAGCGCCACCGGGGGGGGGCAAGGGGGGGCAGGGCUGCAGUGGGACAGGGCCCAGUGGGACAGGGCUCAGCACGGCAAGGGCUCAGCACCUCAGGGGUAAGGUCACAGAGAGAGGGGGGGGGGGGGCUGGUGGGACCGACCACAGAGAAUCCAUUUCAGCUUAGCGAGGUGCGCAAAUGGAUGGGACCGGACGUUCCGCCACCCUCCCCCCUCUCUGCUGCCGGUGCCACGGAGUUGCAGACUCCGAGUUCGAUUUCCAGCGCUGCCGACGCGGAUGGGGGGGGGGAGGGGGCAGGGGAACGUGGCGCCGGGUUUAUUAAAAUCGGCGCCUGCUGAACGAGAGGUGUUCUGAGUCGGGCGUAACUUAUGCAGUUUCCUCAUCCAGCGUCUUAUCACUUCGGUGUUUCCUAUGCAGGUUUACAGAGCUGCGCGACGCGUGUACAACGAACCAAACACAAGAAGCCGUCACGAGCGUUACAUUGUUUACACUCCCAUCAAUUGGCGAUUACGUCUUCACGAUAUGUAGAAGACUGCAGAGCUUGUGGCGAGGUGGGAGAUAUUUGGUGCCGGCUCAACGCGUGGCUGCUGCUGCUGCUUCCCCGCUCCUGGCGCCUCUGAGUUGUUCCCUCGCUGAGCGAGCGUCACGCUGCGGCCGUGUGUGUGUGCAUGUGUGCGUGUGUGUGCGCGUGUGUGCGUGUGU